AUGGCGGCCUGCAGGCAGUGCUGCUUGUACCUGUGGCUCCGACCGCUGGGCAGCGGCCCCCUCGGCCCCCUCGGCCGGCCCGGGCGGAAUCCAGCACUCAGCUAUUUGCAGGUGCGAGCGCUGCGGAGUGGCACCGAUUCCAGAGCGGUGACUGUGGACCUGGGACACAGAAAAUUAGAAAUAUCCUCUGGGAAACUGGCAAGAUUUGCUGAUGGCUGUGCUGUGGUACAGUCAGGUGAUACUGCAGUAAUGGUCACAGCAGUCAGCAAAACAAAACCUUCACCUUCCCAAUUCAUGCCACUGGUGGUGGACUACAGACAGAAGGCUGCUGCAGCAGGUAGAAUCCCCACAAACUACCUUAGAAGAGAAAUUGGCUCUUCUGACAAAGAGAUUCUUACAAGUCGAAUAAUAGAUCGUUCAAUUAGACCUCUCUUCCCAGCUGGCUAUUUUUAUGAUACUCAGGUUCUCUGUAAUCUGCUAGCAGUCGAUGGCAUCAAUGAACCUGAUGUCCUAGCAGUUAAUGGUGCUUCUGUAGCCCUCUCCUUAUCAGAUAUCCCUUGGAAUGGACCUGUUGGAGCAGUACGAAUAGGAAUGAUUGAUGGAGAAUGUGUCGUUAACCCAACAAGGAAAGAAAUGUCUUCUAGCACUUUAAAUUUAGUAGUUGCAGGAGCACCUAAAAGCCAAAUUGUUAUGUUGGAAGCCUCUGCAGAAAACAUUCUACAGCAGGAUUUCUGCCAUGCUAUCAAAGUUGGGGUGAAGUAUACACAGCAGAUAAUUCAGGGCAUCCAGCAGUUGGUAAAAGAAAUCGGUGUUGCCAAGAGGACACCUCAGAAGAUAUUUACUCCUUCUGCAGAAAUUGUGAAAUACACGAAUACAAUUGCCAUGGAGAAACUCUAUGCAGUUUUUACAGAUUAUGAACAUGAUAAAGUUUCCAGGGAUGAAGCUGUUAACAAGAUAAGAUUAGAUACAGAGGAACAUCUAAAGGAAAAAUUUCCAGAGGUUGACCAAUUUGAAAUAAUUGAAUCCUUCAACGUUGUUGCAAAAGAGGUUUUCAGAAGUAUUAUUUUGAAUGAAUACAAAAGGUGUGAUGGACGAGAUCUGACUUCACUUAGGAAUAUAAGUUGUGAGGUAGAUAUGUUUAAAACACUUCAUGGAUCAGCAUUAUUUCAGAGAGGACAAACACAGGUACUUUGUACUGUUACAUUUGAUUCAUUAGAAUCCAGUAUUAAGUCAGACCAAAUUAUAACAGCUAUAAAUGGGGUAAAAGAUAAAAAUUUCAUGCUGCACUAUGAGUUUCCACCUUACGCAACCAAUGAAACUGGCAAAGUUACUGGUGUAAAUCGAAGAGAACUUGGACAUGGUGCUCUUGCCGAGAAAGCUUUGUGUCCUGUUAUUCCCAAAGAUUUUCCUUUUACCAUAAGAGUUACAUCUGAAGUCCUCGAAUCCAAUGGGUCAUCUUCUAUGGCAUCUGCAUGUGGUGGAAGUUUGGCAUUAAUGGAUGCAGGAGUCCCAAUUUCAUCUGCUGUUGCAGGUGUAGCAGUGGGAUUGGUUACCAAAAACAAUCCAGAGAAAGGUGAAAUAGAAGACUAUCGUUUGCUAACAGAUAUUCUGGGAAUUGAAGAUUACAAUGGUGACAUGGAUUUCAAAAUAGCCGGUACAAGUAAAGGAAUAACUGCAUUACAGGCUGAUAUUAAGUUACCUGGAGUACCAAUUAAAAUUAUAAUGGAAGCCAUCCAACAAGCAUCAGUGGCAAAGAAGGAGAUACUGCAGACAAUGAGCAAAACGAUUUCAAAACCUCGAGCAUCUAGAAAAGAAAAUGGACCAGUUGUAGAAACAGUGAAGGUUCCAUUAUCAAAACGAGCAAAAUUUGUUGGGCCUGGUGGAUAUCACUUAAAAAGACUCCAGGCUGAGACAGGUGUAACAAUUAGUCAGGUUGAUGAAGAAACCUUCUCCAUAUUUGCACCAACACCUACUGCAAUGCAUGAGGCAAGAGACUUCAUUACAGAAAUUUGCAGAGAUGAUCAAGAGCAACAGUUAGAAUUUGGAGCAGUUUAUACCGCUACAAUAACCGAAAUCAGAGACACUGGGGUAAUGGUAAAGCUGUAUCCAAGCAUGACUGCAGUGCUACUUCAUAAUUCACAACUUGACCAACGAAAGAUUAAACAUCCCACUGCCCUAGGAUUAGAGGUUGGCCAAGAAAUUCAGGUCAAAUACUUUGGCCGUGAUCCAGCUGAUGGAAGAAUGAGGCUUUCUCGUAAAGUACUUCAGUCUCCAGCUACAACUGUUCUCAAAACUCUAAAUGAUAGAAGCAGCAUUGUAAUGGGAGAGCCUAUUUCACAGUCAUCAUCUAAUUCUUCCCCUUAACUCCUUUUUGAAAUGGUAUGCUAACUGCUAACAAUUUGGAAAAACCAAAGCCAGUUCUUGGAACUCCAGGGGUGUGCCACAGAAUUAAAUGGACGGCUCACUAACACCAACAACAGAAGCAUCAUCAUUUCUGCUUAAAUCAGGAGCUUACCACUCGUGCCAGAGCAUCUGCUCAUCUUUAUUUAAAUCAUGGUAGUUUUUCAUAAUUUCUAAGUAUUUAAUCUGGGACUAUCAUAUGCCCAAAACUAAUUUAUAGUGUCUGCAAGUUGUUCCUUUAUGACUUUUAUUUUGACAUACCAUAAAUUAGUGUUCAAUUUUUUUUACAUUUAUUUAUUUUGUGCACUUACAAACUACUAUGCAUGUGUGGGAAUCAGAAUAACUUAGGAGGUGGUUUUCUCCUUCCACUUUGUGGGUUCCAAGAAACAAAUUCAGGUCAUCAAGCUUACAAUAAGCACCUUUACCUGCCGAACCAUCUUCCUGGCUCAAACCAUGGAUUUGAUGUGACUGUUUUCCUUCCCUUCCUGAACAUCUUAAACUUCUGGAUCUAAGAAGCAUGAACAUCAGCAGCUGUCUCAUUCAACUUAGCCAAACUAAAUUCAUUCAUUCAUCAUUUACCAUGGACUUAGGACUAUGACAUGUGCAGUGAUAUCAGCAAGCAGAGCUAAAGUUCUAACAUGCUUAGUAAACAAGUAUGUAACACAUGACACAGUGGCAGAUGCUUUAAAUUAGAAAGGCAUUUGAAUAAAGGGUUGGAGUGAUCUGUCCUAGUUAGGUUUCUAUGCUUUGAUACAGUCCAUGAUAAGUUGUUGUUUCUAAUGAAAUGAUACAGAGCCACCUCAGUGAAUAGAAUUUAAAAGGAGACCUGAAUGAAUUAGAGGAAGCAAAAUGUAAAGAUAUUUUGAGACAGAGAAUUUCAGAUAGAGGUCUUCACUCCAGAAGCAAAAAUAACUCAUUUUAGAAACCAAUUUUUUUUAAAAAAAAAAAAAAAGCUUAGUCUUUGCUUUGUAUUAAGAGUAUAACAAGUAGAGAUAGCAGGUAAUUAUUUUCAAAACAUUUAAUCAGGCAAGCAUAUGCUUAGUCAUUUUCAAGGAAAGAGAAUCAUGAGCAGGCUUUGACAAAUGCUUUCUUGUGAAAAUUGACAAGAUGACAGGCAGUAGAGAUGGGAAAGAAAAUAUAAAAGACUCAUUGUCAGGGGAUAAAAAGCAAUGUAAGUUAAAAGUGAAACAAAUCCCAUACCCUACACUUAACUGACAGCAAGACUCAGUAGUAAACAAAACCAGUUCUACUUGAUUAUCUUGUGGGGAAGUAGACUAUAAACUUGAAAGAAGAGAAAGCAGUUACACUGCUAACUUUAGUCUGAGGGUUGUAAAGAUAAUAGAUCUGAUAUCAGUGGAAAACUAGUUAAAUAAGAGCGAAAGUAUCAGCCAACAUAUAGAUGGCUGUUACAGAAAGCAGUUUUUGUAUGACUUCUUGGGAUCUAUCCACCCCAGAGAGAGGGUGUCUAGGAACCAAAGUAUUCAAUCCAAGUCAAGUUCAUCAACAAGUGAAUUUAUUGGUCUGUGUAUGGGAGCAAUGGGCAGCAGACAUUAAGAUACCCCAAAAGAAAUCCGCACUCCAGUGAUGAAUCUUGUGACUCUUUCCUUUUCAAUUGGAAAUGUUAAUAGGCUCUAAAUUUCAGACCCUGGCAAAACAACACACACACCAAACAAAAUUUAUAAAAAAAAAAAAAAAACAAACACUGCCUUUUAUGAGCAUCGUACUACAGUAUGUUGUACUUUGUUUCCUUUGGAAACUUGUUUAAUAUCAUUAUUAAGUUGAUAGGCACUCUAGCAAAGGGUUCUUGUAACCAUACUUCCCUGGAGUUUACUAUAAAACAGGCUGACCUAACGUGAAGCUCUCUUUCUGCCUCUACCUUUCAAAUGUUAGGAGUUGCUUAUAUGCAUCAUUGCUCUGAUCUUCUUUAAAGUCAUGGUAAGGGCUAAUAAGAUGGCUCAGCAGAUACAGACACUUGCCAUCAAGUCUCGACAGGCUGAGUUCAAUCUCUAGGCCUAUGUAAUGGAAAGAAAGACCUGAUUUCCCCAAGUUGUCCUCUGACCUCAUACAUACUGUUAAGAGAGUGUAAACAUGCACAAUAAAUGUAAAAAGAAAGUUUUCAACAACAACAACAAAAAAAAAUAUUGGGUCAGCAAGAUGUUUCUGUGGGUAAAGGCACUUGCCAUUUUGAGCCUGAGUUUGAUCUGAUCUGAGAGACCCACAUAGUACAAGGGGAGUAUUGACCCACACAAGUCCUGACCUCCACACGUAUGUCAUGGCACAUAUAUAUGCAUAUACACAUACUAAAUGAAUAACCAUGUAUUUCUAUUAUGGGUGUAACAAAGUUCAAUCCCCAGAAUACACAUUAAAAAAUCCAAACAUAGUGGCUUGAACUUGUAAUCUCAAUACUGGGGAAAUGAAGACAGGUAGAACCUCGGGGCUCACUGGUCAAAUUGCAAGCCAGUGAAGAGACCCUAUAUCAAAAUGAAUGAUACCUGAGGUCUAAUUGUGGCCUCUGCACAUUCACACACAAAGUCAUUUUUAGUGAUAAGAGUUAAUCAUAGUGGCAGGCACCUCCAAUCCCCAAGCUCCUUAGGAGGCUAAAGCAGAAGAAUCUCUUAAACACAGAUAUUUGACCCUUGUCUGGGUAACAUAGUACAACCUAAUCUUUCCAAAAAAAAUAAUAAGUUGGGUAGAAAAAAGCAGGCUAUUAACUGGAAAAAAAAAAGUGAAACUUUCUAAGCAGUGGAAUUUGAAUUGCUUCUUACUAUAGAGAGAUCACUAGGUGAGCCUGGCUUUAAGGAAUGAUGACAAAGGAGAGAGGCAGACUGUUGAAUCAUAGUAGUUUCAUAAGCAGAGGAAGAUAAGGUACAGUAAAGCACUUUAAGAAUUAAGACUGAACUUUAUUCUACAUGUGCUGGGAGUACUGAAAACACCAUAUUUCAUGAUGCCUAUUAGUUUUAAAUUGUGCCUAUAAAAUUACCAUAAUUCCAAAGAAUUCAUAAACCAGGAGAUGAUGCUAAAAAACAAAAAAGCAUAAAAUAUGUAGGUAAUUAUCAUAAAAUAUAAAAUAAUAAAGAUAUUAAGGGGAAAACAUAUCACCAGUUGCCAUAGAAGUAACUUAUAAAAUUCAAUGUAUAUAAUGUCAUAGUUUGGCAAAUAUCAGUCAAAAAUUAGAAAUGGGCUGGAGAGACAGCUCACCAGUUAGAACUGGGUUUCCAGUACCACAUGGUGGCUUACAGUGGUAGUUUAUGGCAACCACCAAUAAACUACAGUUCCAAGGGAUCCAACAACCUCUUCUGCCCUCAGCAGGAUCCUGAAUGCACAUGAUAUAUACACAUAAAUAAAUCUUUUAAGUAUUAGAAACAUAACACUAAAGGCAUGGCUGUCAAAGUCAGGAACAAAACAAACAUAAUUAUUCAACAUUUCUGGUGGUCUUAUCAAUGUUAUGAAAUUAAAAGGGGUAUCAACACUUCCAGAUGACCACCUAAACCACUUAACAAAACAAGUAGAAUUUACAAGUAAGCACAUUAAACAAAAUAGCUGUCUUCUCCAGGAGUCAAAGCUGCUCUAUAGAGAGCUCAUCUCCAUUUUUCUCAGCAAAAGCUGAAGAACUAAGAACUAAGCCUGCAAUGACUUUGUCCUAUGUCUGUAGUCUAUGCUAUAGUUAAAUACCUGCUCCCAAAGAGUGCAAGUUAAUGAAGUCUAGGAAGCCUCUUAACUAAACACUAUGACUAUCUAAUACCAGGUGUGAGCUGACUUCCCAAUCCAACAUUCAACAUUUAGUCCCUUCGGUCUGUAAUCUUCCCAGAUUUAAACCUAGUUACCAUGGUUUCAGAGUGAGAAAAAAUCAGCAAGUAGUAAUGGACUUGCUUUACUUUUCCAGGAAACAAAAGUGCUGCUUUUACAAGGAUUUAUGAGCUGCAUCUACAAGGUCUGAGGGUCCAAAAGUCUGCAAUACCAAAAUCACUAAGGGGGUCUCAACCACAUGUUUAAGGCUUCAGAUUUUUCCAACAAGAGCCUUAGUUACAUAGCCAUGACUAGGCUGAGCAUUCAGAUAUCUUUAAAUAGCACUCCAUGAACCUUAAAUCUUAUAUCUACCCUUCAAAUUGCAAGAAAUAAGUUAAGCUUAGGUCUAUAUCUUGGGUCCUACAUUUAAUCACUGAAAUAUCCUAAAUACCUCAACUGCAGUCUUUAAUUAUUUCCUCCAUAUUUUUCAGGUGCCUGAAAUUUUGCACAGGCAACAUGGUUAUUGCCAGCAAAAAGAGGCCACAUUGUGUCAGAAACUAAAUAAAACUAUUCUGCAAAUCCAA